CAAAAUCACAUCCAAAUCACAAAAGCUACAACCUUUACCAUAAAAUAUGAUUUCUUCAAAAUUGUUGCCAUUUCUUUUUGCUGUGUUUCUCUUCUCAUUUUCUUGGGUAACAACUUCAGCUCAUACCCAUGAAGAUUUUCUUGAAUGCCUAAAGCUACAAUCUGAAGACUCCAGCUCUAUCUCCAAAGUAAUUUAUACUCCAAUAAACUCUUCUUAUUUAUCAGUCUUACAGCUGGGCAUAAACAACGAAAGAUUCAACACAAGCACCACACCGAAACCUCAAGUGAUCGUCACCCCAUUGAACCUUUCCCAUAUUGAAGCUACCAUUACGUGUUCUAAAAAACAUGACCUGCAAAUUAGAAUCAGAAGCGGUGGCCAUGAUUAUGAAGGUCUUUCCUACGUUUCUCCAAUCCCAUUUGUCAUUCUUGAUCUAAUUAACCUUCAAUCAAUCACCGUUGAUGCAACCAACAAAACUGCAUGGGUUCAAGUUGGUGCAACAACAGGCAAACUUUAUUAUAGUAUUGCAGAGAAAAGUCAAAAUCUUGCUUUUCCGGCCAGUGUCUGCACUACUGUAGGGAUCGGCGGCCACUUUAGUGGAGGAGGAUAUGGCACGUUACUAAGAAAAUAUGGGCUCGCGGCAGAUAAUAUUAUUGAUGCACAACUUAUUGAUGUUAAUGGAAGAAUUCUUGAUAGAGCUUCAAUGGGUGAAGAUCUUUUUUGGGCUAUUCGCGGUGGCGGUGGAAAUACUUUUGGAGUGGUUGUUGCUUGGAAAAUAAAUUUAGUUGAAGUUCCUUCAAUUGUAACUGUAUUUACAGUAGAAAGAACUCUGGAACAAAACGCGACUGAGAUUGUCUCUGGAACAAAACGCGACUGA